AUGGCUUUUAAGCGACCAUACGCAAAGGUGCAAAUCUCUCUAGUGGACAGCACCAGAAGUUAUAUACCGGGCGACAGAAUUGAAGGAACUGUAUUAUUUACUCCUCGAAGACAAGUUGCCCUACAUCAGCUACGCCUAUCUUUUGAAGGUAAAACUGUAGUGCGCGUGGACACCAAUGAAACCAACAUACCACUUCCCCAGCCUACGGUGUCCAAGACCUUUCUUCAAAUGGAUAAGCCACUCCAUGAUAUGCCAUGUCAGAAAGCCGAGACACUGCAGAUAGACACAGAAUAUCGUCUGCCUUUCGAGUUUGUCGUUCCUGCAGAAUUGCUGCCGCAUGUUUGUCAAAAGCAUCACCGCCACGAACAGUUUCAAUGGGAACACCUGCAGUUACCUCCUAGCUUUGGCAAGAGCUCACAGACUGAUGAUGAGCUAACAGAAGACAUGGCCGCCAGGGCAAUAGCCAUUCAAUACCACAUCAAAUUUAGCGUCAUGAAAAGCCAAAAGCAUGGCAUGUGGACUACUGUCGGAGACUGGACGCAGGCUGUGCAUAUUGGCUCACCACGCCUUGAGCGAGCACCGCUUUUAGUCCCUGAGAAUAGCACGUUCUACUGCCUGAGCCAACAAAAAUACAUCACCAAGGGCCUUUGCCGAAAACGUCUUGGACUUUUGUCUGCGCAGACACCUACGCAAUUGUCAAUAGAUCAAAGGGAGGUGUCAGCUGUGUUGCCCAUCAGAAUCAGUUUGAAAUACAGCACAACUGCAGGGUUCCCUUUACCAAAACUUUCCUGUAUACAGCCCGAGUUGAAUGCUCUCACUAGCUUUGGUCUGACACCGUGGUCAGACUUACCGGAUCUAACAGAGCCGUCAACGUGGGACAAGCAUAGCGACUAUCAUGGGCACACUCUAUACCUAAAAGCAGCCGCUCCAGUAUUCUUACAUUGGCGAAGAGACCCUGGUGUUAGGAGCAAUACAUGCCAAGCACUCCCUGUAGCAGAUAUUGAGUACGCUGCAACAUUGGAGACCAUGUGCGAUACGCAGCAGCUAAGAGAAGCGUUUAAUGCCGCAGGCAAUUUUCUAAACCCCGUCCUUCAAAAGGACGAGCUCCAAAAGUCCCGCGGGAGCUCACUACUCAAGAUAUUGAGCGGGGACGUGAUAGAUGAAGCCUUAGAUGAAAACUCAACAAGGGCUACUGUUGUCGGGAGAGCAUUAGACAUACUGACACGUAUCCAUAUUGCGUUUGUUGCUCCAGUAAAGGACACAGAACAUCCGCAACCUAGAGGCGAGUCGGAAGAUGCCGCUUUGGAAGACGCAAAGCGACGCAGGCUGUUACAUGCCCUUCUGGACCUCAUUUCUCUAGAAGGAAUUUAUCCAUCACUCUCAUCUGGGGCGGGAAUUCCUCUUCAGCAAAGAGUGAUUUCUGUAUUGCCGGCCGGUGUUAUUGCUCAUCAACCACAGAAGCCGACGGAUAACAAACCACAAAAUGAAGUACUUCUAGAACACAUAAUGUCCGUACUUUCGGACAUUAUUUGCGAUGAACGAUCCAGUAUACAACCUGUCAUUCGUGGCCGUAUCUUAAGCGAUAUAAUCAGUGCGGCCUCAGACUUAGCCUCGAAUGCAGAACAUUUGUCCCAAGAUAAACAACAGCGCUACCAUGAUGUGCUCGUGAAGGUAGUUGAAGAAACACCCAGCCCGGUUUUGUUGUCCACCUUGUCCAGCUUCCUUCAGUCGGAUACAGCUCCGUGGUUCAAAUCAAUAGUUUCUAGUCAAAUAUCACGGGUCCCUUUGCGUCACGACGGGGUUUUGCAAACAAUACUCUUCUUAGCUUCACAGCUUGCUCCUUCGCUAGGACAGGAGUCUCAGGAUCAGACGUCUAAUGGCCCACACUUCACAGUGCAGGCGAUAAUGCAGGCAUCGCGCCUUCUAUCCUCAGUACCGCAGGGCAUGGACCCAACGCACUAUUUUUCGAUCAUCGGGCCCCAGCUAUUGACCUUGAUUGAUGGAGAUGAUCCGGAUUUGAAGAAGACUGCGGCAUACGUGGUUGGCAAUGGGGUCUUAUGCAAGCGUGCCUAUGGCGCACCCGGAACUAUAGGCCAUUCUAUCUUCCUGGAACCGCUGUUCAAGACACUCACCGCUGGACUGGAUAAUUCAUCAAGGAACUGGGUGAUGCUAUCUUCAGUUGAAGGUGAAGACUUGCCGGACCGAGUUCUUGUGCCUGAAUCCUUAUUGGUGGUGGCAGUUAAUAGGCUGAGAAGUUUGGUUCUUCAGCCCCCGAACCCAAGUCUCGUGAAGAGAGUUGUUUACCCAAUACUCGUUCCGCUCUGGGGAUUGGCUUGUUUUACUUUAGAGAAACAGCACACUUCUCUUAAUGAGAAGAUUAUGGAAGUGUUACAAACGUACUUCGCUAUAUCGGUCGGAGAACAGCCUCUAAAAAAGUUGGUCGAUCAUCUACUCUGGGAUGGAGGUUCCGCCUGGACUUACAGUAUGGUUCCAACCCAUGGGGUCUCGUUGGUUAAGCGCGAGACUGCCAAGUCAGAUCAUUUGAAUAUUGUACGACUUCUAGACACUCUACAAUCUCGGGCUAAGCUUUUUGUCGGCUUACUGGGAGCUGAUCCUAGCAGCGAAGAGCGCACCGGCGAUAUAUUUCUAUACGUGAGCGAGAGCUGGCUCGUUCAAUCUCCGGGUAAUCAACGAUCCUUUAAUAAGUCUCAUCUCGGCCCCGCGAAUGAGGCCGAGAGCAUGGAACGCAAGCUGGUUAGCGCGAAACUGGCAGAAACUCUUCUAGAGAAUUUCAAAGAUAUCCUUUCUCGUCGGCCUCUCAGAGUACUCGAACUUAUUAAGCAGAUCAUAGAUGGGGAGCUCAAUCGCACAAGUACACGAAAGAAGGAUGGUGAUCUAGGAAGCGGCAAGGUAUCACUCUCCUCGCUGGCGAACAUUGUCCCUACGGAAGAAAAUACACAACAAGGCAACGGAGAAGAAUCAGACUCAACCGAAUCCCUACCAGCCGUGUUCAGUUUACUAUCCACAGUACUUGCAUCCCCCGAGUUCUCGGCAUCACAGGAUACUCUACCGGUCCUUGAAAAUCUCAAAUCACGACUAGACCAACUGAUCCCUUACCUUCCCCCGUCACUUGCUAAACCAGGGACGACUUCCUCAAUGCUUCUAGAAAUCCAUCUCACGUCACCCUCAGAACAGAGCCAGAAACGGCCAUACUCCGAAACAUCUGAUUUUGAAACACAUCGCCGAGCCCUGACCAAUCUUAAUUCCGAUCUCCCUCCAGUCCAAGCUGAAGGGUUCUCGCUUCUCUCUGACCUGAUUAAAAAAGCCUCUCCCGUCCUCGACAUACCGUCUACGUUAACUCUUCUUCUAUCUAUCAUAACAGAUCCGUCCGAAACUGCGGCUAAUGACGAGUUCAUCUAUCUGAAUGCAAUCAAACUGAUUGGCACAUUAGCCUCGAGACACCCACGUACAGUCGUUAAAACACUAGUCGACCGUUACACAGACCGAAAUGAAACCGCUAGUGUAGACCAGAGACUCAAGCUCGGAGAGUCCCUAUUACGAACUGUCCAAGACCUCGGCGAAGCAUUAACCGGAGAGACCGCGAAGAUUUUAGGCGAGGGUAUAGUUGCAGUCGCAGGGCGACGAGCACAAAAGCCGGAGACCCAAAAGCGCCGCAAACAACAACUCGAGAAAGAAAAACGACAGAAGGAGCGCGAAGAACGGCGAAAUAAGGAACCUGCAAUGCCAUCAGGCUGGAAGAUCUCCUCACCCACAUCAGCAACAAAGAUACAAGAAGGCGAAGAAGACGAUUCAGAGUCUGAGUCUCCUGAACAAGCUGUCUAUUCCGCCAAUAUCAUCGCCGCCUGGGCUAUGGGUGCGUCGUCAGAUGAGGAACCGGAUGACCUGCGAGUUCGUGCAUCUGCGUUGUCCAUCCUGGCGACUGCGGUUCAGACUAAUAUUGCUGGUCUUGGACCUUCAGUGGCUUCAUCGGCUGUUGACCUUGCGCUUGCGACCCUUACCCUAGAGAAAGAACCUGAGUCCGCAAUUCUCCGACGAGCAAGUGUUGUCCUGCUUCUAGACAUCCUUAAGGCCCUCGAUACUACCCGUGAGGCUCGAGGAAGUCAAGCUCUCGGUUUUGGGUUCUCACUUACGGAUGAUGGUAUGUCUUGGAAGGGUGAGAAUGCCAGCAGCCGUGGGCCUUCGACUAUAGGUAAUAUCCCGCAUAUGCUGCGGUCGCUCACAUUUGUCGAGAGCCGCGAAACAGACACCAUUGUCCGUGGCCAUAUUCGUGUGCUAAUUGAAAGUUUGGAGGCUUGGGUAGAGAAGUCGUUGUUGUGGGAAAUUGGAGCUCAUGGUAGAGAAGGUCAGAAUGAGCCAAGCGUGGAACUGGGGGACCGAAUCGCUGGCCUUCAAAUCGAUCCUCUUGCAGGAAGAAAUGAAAGUGGACGGCCUAGGAUUGAAGAAAUUGAAUGA